AUGUUUCCAUUUCUGCUCACCGCUGGUAGCAUUAUUGUUGGAGCUAUUUUUGGCUGGAAAAUUGUUGGAAUAGCCGAUAAUGCUCAACGUGAUGCAACUUCUGUUGCUCAGCAAGCUGUAAAUGUAGUUGAUAAUGCUCGACGUGACGUAGCUUCUAUUGGUCAGCAAAUAAUAAACAUAACCGAUGACUUUGUACGUGGUGUUGCUCAGAAUGUCAAUCUAAUAACUGAUGCUUCUGUUUGGUCUGUUAUGACGUUAACUAAUCGUGUCACUAUUAUCAUGUAUAUGUUGGCAGCUACUGCUUUGGGUUUGAUGACCGUAUGUGCACUUGGCUUUCUUUUGUAUUUAUCUCAUUUCUCACCAUGUCUUCAAGCGAUUGCCUGGACUCUGAUGGCUGCCGCGUGCUCUUUUAUGUUUCGCAUGUAUGUUCAACAUUCAAGGAUCUGUUGGCAUAUGAUUAAAGAUUCUUUUCAAUCAAAUCAUUCCACAAUUAGUACACCGACUAUAUCAAAGAAUCCAAUAACAACCCAGUCUCAAGUAAAACAAAAACAGAUUCAAACAAAAAAGAAUCAUUAUAAACAAUUUGGAAUUACCGUUGCUGGACGAAAUGGACACGGAGAGAAAUUCAAUCAACUCUGUUAUCCUGAAGGAAUCUUUAUUGAUAAUGAUAAAUCAAUAUAUAUUGCUGAUUUUGGGAAUGAUCGUAUUGUUAAAUGGAAAUUCAAUUCACGUAUUGGUCAAGUCAUCGCAGGUGGAAAUGGACGAGGAAAUCAAAUUAACCAAUUGGACUGUCCAACAAAUAUAAUUUUUGAUAAAGAAAAUAAUUCUUUUAUUAUUUCUGAUUUAUGGAACGGUCGAGUAAUUCGAUAUUUUGAUGAAAAUCAGACAAAUCAACAAAUUCUUAUUUCAAAUAUUUCUUGUCAUGGUCUGACAAUCGAUAAAAGUGGAUCUAUUUAUGUUUCUGAUUGGGGGAAUCAUGAAGUAAGACGAUGGAAACAAGAAGAUAAAAAAGGUGAAUUAGUUGCAGGUGGAAAUGGUAAAGGAAAUCAUCUUAAUCAACUCAAUUGUCCUACUUAUAUCUUUAUUGAUAAAGAUUAUUCUCUUUAUAUAUCUGAUCGUGACAAUCAUCGUGUAAUGAAAUGGAAAAAAGAUGCAAAAGAAGGAAUUAUUGUUGCUGGUGGAAAUAGUAAUGGAAAUAGUCUCGAACAAUUAGAUCAUCCUCAUGGAGUGAUUGUUGAUCAUUUGGGUCAAAUCUAUGUGGCAGAUUAUGAGAAUCAUCGAGUAAUGCGUUGGUGUGAAGGAGAUGAAGAAGGUGAAAUUGUUAUUGGUCAAAAUGGUAAAGGAAAUCAAUCAAAUCAAUUGAUUAAUCCCAAAGGUUUAUCAUUUGAUAAUGAAGAAAAUCUUUAUGUUGCUGAUUGUAACUAUGAUCAAAUCCAAAAAUAUGAAAAAUUUUGA